AUGAAGGCUCUGCUCUGUCGACUGCGCUGUGACAACGAGGUGGUGGCUAUGGAGCGCAAGCGUGGCUGGGACACGCUGCUGUGUGCUGACACCCAGCACUAUGCAGUGGGUCUGCUGGCCAGAGAGAUGCGCCAGGUCUUGAUCCCCUUCUGCUCCCGCAUUGCAUUCCACCUGCUCAAACCACUCAGCAGGGAGGAGCCAUGCUGGGAUCUGCCCUUCCUGGCUUUCCUUGUGGAGCUCCUCGAGUGCCUGGACUUAAGUAAAUAUGGUGACAGCAUCCUGGAGAUCAUGUCCAGGUACCUGCUGAGCGAGUGCAGGCAGAGAUGUCGCCUGGCACUCAGAGGCCUCGUGGUGCUCAGCAAGGAUCCCGCCAUGGCCAGAAGAAUGGGCAGCCUGUCUCAACGGCUUGUGGAGCUGCUGGGUGAUGCAGAUGGAGAGGUGGUCAGGAUGUCCCUCUCUGUGUUCAUGAAUGUGCUGGAGAACAAAGACAUCCUGGUAUCCAGCACCACUGCCCCGAAACUGGCUGAGGCGCUCUUGCCACUCUUUGAAAAUGACAACAGCAAUGUGCAGAUGCUCUCCAUUCACCUCUUCUGCAAGGUGAUGGAGUUGGUAGUGGACGAGGGAAAAAAGCCCCUUAAGACAAUUGUGUGCCAGAGCCUACUCCCACUUUUAUUCCACUGCCAUGAUGAGAACCGGAACGUGGCAGAGGCUUCUCGGGAAACGCUGAUUUGUGCGGCCAAGUUCCUGAAGAGGAGAAAUCUUGGGCAGCUGGUGAAGAAGGAGCAGCUGUCGAAGUUUGCCGAGUGCCUGCUGGCAGAGGACAGGAGCCGAGCGGCCGAGCGCCUGCACCAGGCGCUGCCGUUCGCGGAGAGCCCGCAGGAGUCCCUGCGAGAGGCGGCCGUCAGGUUCAUCGGGACUGCCAGGGUGUUCUUGAGGGGGCACAAGGAAGAGCUCCAGCUCCUCGGUGAGGCCCUUCAAGCCCUGAGGAGAGACGACAGCCCUUCCCAGACAAACAUCAUAGUUCAGGAAAUACUCAACGAAAGAGCUGCAGAACUACGUUCAUCUGCUGGCCCAGAACCAGUGUCCCUUUAA